CAAAACCCAGGCGUGUAUAAAAGAACCAGAAAUCUAGGGUUCCUCUCCAUCUUCCUCCGGCCAUCAGCCAUCUCCAUCUCGCGCCGCAGCUGGGUUCCCUGCUCCGCCGAAGAAGCUGCGCCUCGCCGCGGCCGCCAGCAGACGGCGACCUCACUCCCCUUUCCGUCCGUCCGUGCAGCCCUUCCUCGAAGCGAGCUUGGGAUGAAGCCGGGGCGAUUGGGGAUUUCGGGCUGAAUCGAGGGAGCUCGUGUUCCUAUCUUUGGCUGGAUCGAGGCAGAGAGAGGUUUUGAUCUCAAAGUCUCAGUUUACUGAGGAAGUAGUGAACUUCGUUUGAGCUUGACAUUUAUUUUCAGAAUCACACUCUUUUCCACAUGGCGAGGGUUGAAUCUGCAUUACUGCCAGCAGAUCAUGCAGUGUCGGAUAAUAGUGAUACUGAAACGUCAGGAGUUGUGGAAUGUGAUUCCGCUGUUGUAGAAGAGGUGGAAAAGAGGAGUGCUGAAGUUGGUUUGCAAGUUCCUUUUGGAACUAAGGAAGAUGUAGAAUCCCUUGGUACAGUUUGUGACCUUGGGAACAAGGGCAAUGAUGCUGAGGCCGUCACUCCAAAUGGGGUUACGUUAGAACUGUUGGUCUCUUCCAAGUCUCCAGGUGGUAGUCUUCCAAUGGUCUGUAAAACGCCACGUGGAAACAUCUUUGAUCCUUUUGCUUCAGGACAAGAGGAGGCAGUCUGUGGUGCACCAAAGAAGGUGGUGGUCAAGGGGCCGGAAGCACUUUCCCGCAGAAAGCUAAUUUUUGAAUGUGGUGACUUCCCAGUGAAAAGCUUAAGUUUUGAAUUUGAUGACGCUGUGGAGGAGGAUGUGUAUCUCCAAGGGAUAUGCAAGAUGUUCCUUGAUCUGAUAAUCACAAAUCAAGCGCUGGAGGCGACCGGAGGAGGGGACCAGGCAGAAUCAACCCCACCUGAAAGCUACCAGACCCCUUCUUCCAAGCCUCUACUCACGGGCAUAGCAGACACCUGCCCAGAUGCACCUCCGCGGCCAUCUCAGAAAAUGCUCAAGCUCAGCCCAGGCAUCUGCAGGAAGCUCGACUUCGGUUCAGUCAGUCCGAGGUCUCUCUUCACCGAAGACAAUAAAAGCUGAAAGCUCGCCGUUCCUUCCGAGGAACAUCAUUCUGGUGUGGUAUCUAAGCAACCUUAUCUAUCUCGGCAGCACCAGCGUGGUAAAACUUUGCUAACUCUGUAUCUGUAGGAGAGCUAGCAGUGAUCUUGAAGAAAGUACUCCUAGGAACUGGUAGGAAGCAGUCUUAAGUUAUACAUGUAAGCUAUGUUAGUUACCUUUUAGCUAGAGCCUAGUCUUUAGUGCCCAGAUCUAUAGUAGUCUCCUCCAUCUAUAUAUGCCUUGUGGGCCUGUGACCUGGCGGUUCUGUAUAUCCUAAUAAUAGCUGUUCUAUCCCUGCUUAGAACUAUUAUUAUCGCAGCUUCAUUCUUGCUUUAGUACUGUAAUAAAAUGCACAGUUAGUGCAUCCUAUGUAAUCAUUGUAUCCUUUGCAAAAUUAUUUUCUGAGAUAAAGUUUUUUUUUAAUU